AUGUGUCUGCCAUAGUCGCGGUGCAUUGUGGGGAGGUUGUGGUCCUCCAGCGGCUCGGUUCGGAAUAAUGUCUGCCUCGGAGGCAGCGGACGGUUCUUCCACGGGAUUAUGCCCGAGCUUCGCCGUGAUCUGCUCGUUUCUGGAGCGGUAUGGAGCUCUGCUGGACCUGCCGGAGGUGUCGUUCCCGAUGCUGGAGCGCAGUCUGCAGGAGAGCAGCGCGGUACCCAAACUCCUCGUGGACCUUCACGUGAAGUUGCUGAGGAAAAUUGGCAAGUCUGUGUCUGCAGACAGAUGGGAGAAGAAUCUCAUUAAGAUCUGUCAGGAUUUUAACACCACAUGGGCAUGGGAGCUGGAAAAGAAGGGUUAUCGAGAGAUGACAGUGGAGUGUAAGACUGGAAUACUGAAGUACUUGUGUGAAUGCCAGUUUGAUGACAAUGUCAAGUUUAAGACCGCUAUCAAUGAAGAGGACCCGGAUAAAAUGCGUCUUCAGCCAAUCGGAAAAGACAAAGACGGCCUCAUGUACUGGUUUCAGCUAGACCAAGACCAUAAUGUGAGGAUCUAUGUGGAAGAACAGGAUGAUCUUGAUGGGUCAUCCUGGAAGUGUAUAGUAAGAAAUAGAAACGACCUGGCUCAGAUUCUUGGUCUGUUGAAGACUCAGAUUGAUCCAGCGCUUUUAGUAAAGAAGGAUCAGGAGGGCUCGUCUAGUAACAGUCCCGACCCAGACGGUGAGGAGAACAAGAAGAAAGAGGGAGCUGAAGAGGAGAUCAGAGAUGAGAAGUCACAAGACGACUUAUCCACUUCUGAAAAUAAGGAAAACAUCUUGGAGAAAGAAAAUGCAAAGCAAGAAGAUGCAGAGGCCACAGAUGCUUUAUCGGAAAAGGGCUUGAAGGUGAAGGAAGAGUUGCCGAAACAUUCGGAGACGUCAAAUUGCACUGGUGUUAUUGCUGGAUCUAUCAAAGAAGAGCCACAGGAUGAGGAGGAGAAAGUCAAGGACUUGUCAACACAGAUGGAUGACGUGAAAAGAAAAACCUUAGAAGAGACUCAGAGAACUUUGAAAAAUGACCAUCAAGCUAAAAUCCCUCUAAAAAAGCGAGAGAUGAAACUAACCGAAGACUUCGACAGCAACUGUGCAGGAUUACGAAAUGCACCUGUCGCUUCGGUGAAAGAAUCACAAACGUGUUUCGACGACAACCGAUUGAGUGCUGAAAAGAUCAACGGCCAUGUCCCUCACCUUAAACCAUCUGAAAGUGAAACGCAAAAAGGUUCAGAGAGUGUUUCAGAAAAUACCCCAUGUGUCUCAGAUGAGUCCAAUGAGAGAAAAAAGCAUGCUAAGAACGACCAGAUAGAAGAUAAGAUGGACACCAAUGAAACCAGAUUGUGUGCCGAAGAGCAGAUGGAAGUGGAGAAGCCUGGGAAAUCUUGUGAUGCCAGCGCAGAAACUCCUCAACCUCACGAAAAGAUCUCAACAGAAAGUGGGCAGUCAGAAAAGACUGAUGGUUCUGAAGAAGUACCUGAAAAUAAAAAAUCCCCCACUUGUGAAAAUAUGGAAACUACAGAAGGAAAUACAUCAUCACUCCCUGAAGAGUCAACAAAAGAUCUCUCAAAAGAAGAACCAGUUAAAGAUCUCCCAAACAAAGAGUCAAUGCAAGAUCUCUCAAAAGAAGAAUCAAUUAAAGAUCUCUCAAACAAAGAGUCAAUUAAAGAUCUCCCAAAAGAAGAAUCAAUUAAAGAUCUCCCAAAAGAAGAAUCAAUUAAAGAUCUCUCAAACAAAGAGUCAAUGCAAGAUCUCUCAAAAGAAGAAUCAAUUAAAGAUCUCUCAAAAGAAGAAUCAAUUAAAGAUCUCUCAAAAGAAGAAUCAAUUAAAGAUCUCCCAAACAAAGAAUCAAUUAAAGAUCUCCCAAACAAAGAGUCAAUGCAAGAUCUCUCAAAAGAAGAAUCAAUUAAAGAUCUCUCAAAAGAAGAAUCAAUUAAAGAUCUCCCAAACAAAGAGUCAAUGCAAGAUCUCUCAAACAUGGAGUCAAUGCAAGAUCUCUCAAAAGAAGAAUCAAUUAAAGAUCUCUCAAAAGAAGAAUCAAUUAAAGAUCUCCCAAACAAAGAGUCAAUGCAAGAUCUCUCAAACAAAGAGUCAAUGCAAGAUCUCUCAAAAGAAGAAUCAAUUAAAGAUCUCCCAAAAGAAGAAUCAAUUAAAGAUCUCCCAAAAGAAGAAUCAAUUAAAGAUCUCCCAAACAAAGAGUCAAUGCAAGAUCUCUCAAAAGAAGAAUCAAUCAAAGAUCUCCCAAAAGAAGAAUCAAUUAAAGAUCUCCCAAACAAAGAGUCAAUGCAAGAUCUCUCAAAAGAAGAAUCAAUUAAAGAUCUCCCAAAAGAAGAAUCAAUUAAAGAUCUCUCAAAAGUAGAAUCAAUGCAAGAUCUCUCAAACAAAGUGUCAAUUAAAGAUCUCUCAAAAGAAGAAUCAAUUAAAGAUCUCCCAAAAGAAGAAUCAAUUAAAGAUCUCUCAAAAGUAGAAUCAAUGCAAGAUCUCUCAAACAAAGUGUCAAUUAAAGAUCUCUCAAAAGAAGAAUCAAUUAAAGAUCUCUCAAAAGAAGAAUCAAUCAAAGAUCUCCCAAGCAAAGAAUCAAUUAAAGAUCUCCCAAGCAAAGAAUCAAUUAAAGAUCUCCCAAACAAAGAGUCAAUGCAAGAUCUCUCAAACAAAGAGUCAAUUAAAGAUCUCUCAAAAGAAGAAUCAAUUAAAGAUCUCCCAAACAAAGAGUCAAUGCAAGAUCUCUCAAAAAAGGAAGCUACAAAGGAUCUCUCAAAAGAAGAAGCAAAGAAAGAUCACUUAAAAGAAGCAUCGAAAGAUCUGUCAAAACAACAAGCAGUGAAAGAUCUCCCUAACAAAGAAUCAUCAAAAGAUCUGGCGAAAGAACAGCCAAUGAAAGAUCUCACAAAAGAAGAGACAAUAAAUAAUCUCCCAAAAGAAGAGUCACAGAAAGUUCUUUCAGAAGAAAGUCAAAAAUAUCCCAAAAAAGGCCUGGAAGAAAAAGAUUCAAUGGAAACAGAACCAGUCCAGUCAUCUAAAAUGGAGGAGUCCUCUUCCCGUGAAGAAAUCAAACUGCAUUCUGUCACAGAAAAGCCAGAGAAUGUUGACCAAACAAAAACUCGUCAAAGCUCUGCAGACACCACCAUAGAAAAAGAGUGUGCUUCUCCUGUCUCAAAAACGGGAAAACAGAAUAUAUCUGAAGCAGACAAAUCAUCAACCAAUGGGGAAAGGCCGUCUGAAAAUACAGAUGGCCCUCAAGCCAAAGCACAAGAGCAGUCGGUCUCCCCGAAGUUUCUGAUUCAACCUGUUUCUGAUUCAAGUAUCCCAAAAACCACAGAGAAAGUUGAUGGUGAGGACAAAUGUGACACAGCGGAGACGGAUAAAAAUGAGAAUUCGGAAACGACAAAAAAAAAUGAUGGAAAGGGUGAAUCUUCAGAGAAAAAAUUGGUUGAAUCCACCAGUUCUGAAAGAGAACCAGAUUCACAGGAAGGGAACCAAGAGAAGCAAAUGGAAGUGGAUUCAGAGAUCACUAAAGCUGAUGAAGUACAGUCGGCUUCGAGAGCAGGUAAGAAGGAAACUGUGGAUCAAAGCAAACAAUCUGAGCACGACGCAACUUCUGAACAACGUGACGUUCAAGAAAAGAGCGACGCGGCUGCGAGAAGCAGUAAAAGACCAGGACGGCCUCCGAGGAAGUCUCAGGAGAGUCAGGAUGAGGAUAAAACGGGAGAAGAACAAGAAGAAAAGACCAACUCGCGACAGGAAGGCAUUCGUCUGAAGAUCAAAAUCGCAGCUCACAGACGGAAGGCCAAACUCCAGAAAGAAGAUGUCAAGGGAGAUUCGGAGCCGGAGACGACUGAGGGACGAUGCUUGAGGAGAUCUCCGAGAAUCUGCAGGCCCACCGCUAAAGCUGUGGAGAUCCAAGAUAGGAGGGCGGAGCGGAAGCAGACGACUCCAGCGUCGGAGAAAGAAAAGGAUGACGAUGAGGAAAAAGAGGAGGAUGAGGAAUCUGUACAGAGGAAACCCAAGAAAGCUGAGCCAGAUGGCCAAACGAAACCAAAGGUCGGGAGACGUCGAAAACGACAACCGUGGUCUCGCACGAGACGUAAAAAGAAAUGCUCUGAAGAUGACGACGAUGAGGAGGAGAGCGAGAGUGAGUUCGAGGAGACGGAGGAGGACGACAGCGAUGAAGACUAUAAGGUGGAGAAGACCAAGAAGAGAAGGAGAAACCGACACCGCGAGCGGAACAGCUCGGACUCCUCUACCUCUUCAUCAGACGAUGGUCCACCCAAUGACGACCCCUGCAAACACUGUGGCCUUCCCAAUCAUCCCGAGCUGAUACUCCUGUGUGAUUCCUGUGACAGCGGCUACCACACUGCCUGUCUGCGUCCUCCGCUCAUGAUCAUUCCAGAUGGGGAAUGGUUCUGUCCCCCCUGCCAGCAUAAACAACUUUGCGACAGGCUCGAAGAGCAGUUGCUGAAUUUGGAUGCCGCCCUCAAAAAGAAAGAACGUGCAGAGCGAAGAAAAGAGCGACUGGUGUAUGUUGGCAUCAGUUUGGAGAACAUCAUCACACCGUCUGUUGAAGUGGAAGAAGAAAAGGAAGAGGUGGUGGUGAAAGAGGAGACGAAGAAGAGCAAAAGUUGGGGACGUAGAUCAACCAGGGCGAAGAAAUACAUAAGCUACAGAUUUGAUGAGUUUGACGAAGCGAUCGAAGAGGCGAUUGAGGAAGACAUCAAAGAGGCAGAAGGAGGAGGUGCAGGCCGGGGGAAGGACAUGGCGAACAUCACGGGCCACAGAGGGAAGGACAUAUCCACCAUUCUACAGGAGGAAGGGAAGGAGAAUGGCCGGCCGCAGAAACCCAGUGCAGCUCAGAAGAAGAAGCGGCGGCGUCUCAACGAUCUCGACAGCGACAGCACUGUGGACGAGGAAGAGAGCGAAGACGAGUUCCGUCUCAGCGACAGUUCAGAAGAGGAGUUUGUGGCGUCUGAUAACGAGGCAGAGAGUGAAGCAGAAGCCCGGUCCUUUGAGGACAGUGACUUCGGGAGCGAUGCGGGCGGCCCGCAGAUAAGACCUUCAAACAGAAAGGCAACAAGCCGGUAUCGAAACAGAAGGCAGCCGCCACGCAGGAGACGCAGACCCAGAGGAUACUCUGACGAAGAGGAGGAAGAAAGUGAUGAAGAGGAGGAGGAGGAAGAGAUGGUGACAGAAGGCUCUAGUGAAUACAGUGACAGCGAUCUGGACAUCCGCUUUCGACGGUCCCAUCGGAGCCGUAAGCAGCAGGUGAACUACUGUGAAACUUCAGAUUCUGAUGGCUCACAGGCCAGCACCAACAAAGACAAAAAGAAGAAACGCAGGCGUCUUUCCAGCUCUGACAGUGAAGUUAGUUACCAGUCAGCUGAAUCUGAUGAAGACAGGAAGCCCAAGAAGCUGAGAGCGGACUCGUCCGAGGAAGAAUCCAGGAAACGGCGCAGACGCUUGUCCCUUAAACGCCGGAGGCAGUCAGAGGAUGAUGACGAAGACGACGACGAUUCGGACGAAUCCGAGGAAGAGGAGCGGCCCGUCCGGAAGCGCGUGAACCGCAUCGACUCUGACGAAAGUGAAGAUGAGGAGGAGGUGAAGAAGAGCCCGCAGGAGAAAGAGUCAGAGGAAACCGUUGUCAAAGGGCCCAGUCCACUGGACUACAACUUGGUGGAGCUUCCUCCCACUAACGGACAAAGCCCAAUGAAGGGUUUAGAGGGCCUCGUGCCACGACCCGAGGUGGGAGUGACACCGAAAAACGGCAGCGCCCCAUCGGCUGUAUCCUCAGCGCCGAAUGGCCUGGAGAUCCCCGCGCAGGACGAAGAUGAAGACGACCUUUUGGGCGUCACAGACCUCGUAGACUAUGUCUGCAACAGUGAACAGCUAUAACUUCUUUCUUUUUUUACAUUUUUUUUUUUCUCCUCAUCCUGUUUUCAGCACGGAUCAUGUCAACAGUCCCCGUUCAACGUGCCAGCGGAGCAGAUCAGGGACAGCUCGGCGUUGGCGGCACAUUAAUAAUAGCUGUAAAUAUUUUACUGAGCAAGAAGCAUCAAGGGAAGGAAAACGCAAUCCUUCCGAGAGACUCCCCGAGAUAUUCCUUUUAAAGUAUUGUUUUUGUUCAAUAAGCAACAGACAAGCAAACAAACCCUCUCUGGAAACAACCUCUAAAACCUCUUUUUACACUAAUCACUCAGCCAUGCUCACGCUCACCCGUCUGACAUUUGUCCAGUUCACUUGCGUUUUGAUCUCCACUGCUGUCAGUUGCACAUUUCAGAGAGAACCGGAAGUGGGUGGGGUCAGUACAAAAGAGGAGGGGCUAGAGACGAACCAGAUUUCAAUGAAAUUCCACGCGUUCGGCUCCACUCAGAUGCCAUUUUUAAACGUUCAUAUUUUAUAAUCCAAUUGGAGUGGAAGUUGAAUUUCUAGCGAUUGGUUUCAUUUGGUGGGGAAACUGUUUUUAUUAAGUGAUGUCAUUAUAAGCUUUGUUUUGUUAUACUAUUUAUUACGGAAAUUGUAAUUUGUACCUGAAAUUAUGGCUUGGUCGUAGAGCUGCUCGCACCACUAGAGCAAAAGAUUCCUGGAAGUUUCUAAGAAAUGUCUAAUAGUGAAAAACUGCUCAUUUUCUUAUGCCAACAUACUUCGGACUGUUUUAGCACCAUGUUUUAAUUUGAAGUCAAACACUAUUUACUCUGGCAGCUUUUCGAUGCGUCAAAUGCCAAAUCUUCCUCUCAAAGUUGAUCAAAUGCUGAGGACUCUCACCCGCACCGAUGUGUUUCUCUGAGGGAUUCCUUGACGUUUAUUUAGUGCUGUUCAUCUCGUUUUAUAUCUCGAUUCUAUUUCGCCCAUCACGUCCUGCUUAUGUCUGUGUUUCGGUGCACUAUAUUCAUUUUCUUUAUAUACAGUAAAUAUAUGAAUAUACUCAUUGUAAUGUUUUCCUUUUUUAAAAACAUACUAGUGAUGUAUGACAUUAUUGUUUUUUGUUUUUCAUCAAUUACAAGCAAUACAUUUUUCCUACAAGACAUACAGGAAGAGAUUCUUGAUCUCCUGGUUUCGUCUAUUUUUAAAGGUUGAAAUUCAUGACAUUAAAAUGAUUUCCGAGAGCAGCGUGGUGUGAGACGCCCGUCUUAUAGUCUUGCAUUAUCCUGGUGUGUAUAUCUGUAGUUUUUGCUGUAACAUAUUAGAAGCAUUUUUAAAUCAUUUAAAGUAUACAUAGCAGUCCUUUUAUGAUUGCAUCUGUUUAUAAUUUGUUUCGUAGGUACAUUUGUACGUGCGUCCGUCUCAUUUUCAUCAGUGCAUUCUUUUUGUCUUUUCUUUGAGGGUUUUCAGUCUCUCUGUCCCAUUUCCACUGAUUGCUAAAACAUUUACAAGAAUGAUCUGUUCUCAGAGGGAAAAAGCAUUCGAUAAAAAAGCCCAACAGACAGGAUUAUUGUUUUGAUGUCAGCAUUGAUGGACAAAAGCGGUGUAAAAAUGUCUUGUACAUUAAUGUUUUUUGCUUGGCAUGCACAUAUCUUCUAGUCUGAUUCAUUUGCUCUUGCGGCAUUAGGGCAUCAGAUUUUGAGAAUAAAACUUGAGAAUGUACUUUGACGUGCUGAGAUCAAGAGCAUCAUUAGGUACUAGACAGUGCAUUUCGGUCUAUUAACAGUAUUGGGCCGAUGUUCAUUUCUUGUGUAAUAUAAAAAUCAAUGGUACAGACACCGAUUUAAAAUUGAGGCCCAGUCUAUAAUGAAACAGUAUAUAUUUGUAUUUCACAUUAAAAAAUCUGAUAUUCUGUAAUGAGGGAUGUCGACACCAGUGUUUGAUGAGAAUUGGCUCAUGUAGUUUGACAGCAGAUGGACAGAUGCCGUCUGGUUUUAGCUUUUAGAAACGUCCUUUGUGUUCGUCUGUUCUUUUUGAUGUUUUUGUUAACUGUAUUGUAGUUUCUUUCAUAUGAUUUACUAUCUUGUACAUUUGUCAUAAUAAAAAUGAAAUUAAACAUGUUUAA